CCACAUUUCAGUCUUCGUUUGCCGAGCGUCGUGCGCGCAAGUAUCCCACAGAUACGCGGACAGACGGCCUCCAAUCCAAUCCAAGCCAAAAAAAAAAACAGCAAAGCAAAAAAAACAACAAAAAAGAGACAGUACAGUACAAUAACAACUGUGUUAGAGAAAAAUGUUACUGCGGGCAGGAGCCAUUACUGAAUAUUAGUAACAGCAAAUGAAAAAGAAGAAAAAACGUGAAAUUUUCUUUGCGGAAAUUUGCCAAAAAGUUGCAAGGAAUUACAGUUUUCGUUGAGGGGAAAAAAAGAAAGAAAAUAUAUAGAUAUCGGCCGAGUACUAUACAUAAUUUUGGGGCAGCAGAGGCACCAGCUUUGAAAAUUUUCGGUCCACGAAAAUGUGUGCGUUAUGAAUACUGAAUAGCCCGGAAACAGGAAGCUGCAAUUAAUUAGGGCCCACACAAGGACUCACCUCUGGGUGAAAAGUUUAGCGAUGAGCUGUCUUCACUUGAAGAAUUUUAAACGCGCCAAGUGGUCGCAAAUUUUACCAAGGAGCUAAAGAUAUUUCCACCAACGGAAUAUUAUUUUGAAAUUGCAUUUGAAGAACUAUAAUUUGGCAAGAGACUAACAGCAUUGGACGAGAAUAUUUCUUGGUCUGUGACACACAUAAGAUUUGAGAAUGCCACCGCUCAGGCAAAUGGUGGUGCAGCUACUGGUGGUGUUGCUGCUGGUAGCUGUGGAUCCAUCAAUGGCCCAGCGACCGUUUAUCCUGAACCACACCUUCAGUUCGCUGCCCAUGUCCCAGCAUCCGAGCUUCAACACCUGGCCAGGUUCUUCCGGAAAGCAGCUGCGAAACGGGCGGCUUCACGAACAACCCAUGCCCCUGCCGCAGCCUACUUUGCCGGGGGCCACACAGUACGAGGACUAUGAGACAGCCCCGCCAGGAUCCCGACGCCAGGACUCCAAGCGCCGUCAGAGUCUGGCCCAGCUGGCCGCUCGCCCCGGAAGCGGCGGACGACGCGGCAUCGAGUCGCUGCGCAAGGAGCUGAUGAAUCCUUCAGUGGGAGGACCAGGGGGCGGCAUCUCAGGCCACAGUGCCGGGUAUCCCUCCUACCAGGCUACCUCGACUAUCGGACGAAUCGAUGGCCUGGGGCAUAUGGGAACGAUCGAUCGCUACGGCGAACCGAUAAGGCAGCCCACCGGAAUGGCCGCCAUGACCGCCGGACCCUACUCCACUCGGUUUCCCCCAUCCUAUGGGGGAGCUGAUGACCAGCCAAAGCGAAUGCCGCCGCGGAAGAACUCCAUCAACGAGCUGUACAAGCUCAAGAAGAGCCUGAACCAGGCUGACGAGCCUGCUGGCGGAGUGACCCAUGGAAACUUGGAAGGCGACCCACCGGGUUCCUCCAGCGAUCCCUUGCAGGAGAUCAAGGACCGCAUCCGCGAUACAGCUCCCAUUGCGAACACAUAUGCCCCUCAUACGGACGCCACGCCCUCAACGGAGUACGAAUACGAACUGGGCGUCAAGUGCAACUUCGAGUCGCGUUGCAGCUGGUCCUGGGUGGAGUAUCCAGAUGGUUUCCAGGUGAUCAGCGGCGCGGAGCUGGCCAAGAAGAAUCUAACUGGCAUGCAUCCGGGACCUGCAGCGGAUAGCAUAGAUGAUGCCACCGGCCAUUUCCUCUACGCCCGCGUCCAGCCCAACUCCAGGCCACUGAAUCUCACCUCUCCGGAGUUCAGCACCACCAUGGAGAAGUGCUACCUGGAGGUCUACAUGCACCAGAGCGACAUGAGUCACGGACUGUCCCGUGUCGUGGUGGAGCCUCUGCACACGCAGGAGAGCAGCUGGGUUCCGGCGGAGAUCCAGGGCGACAACGUGCGCCAGUGGACCCGGAAGGUGUAUCGCCUGGGCCGGGUUUCCCGCGACUUUCGCAUCGUCUUUGAAAUCGUUCCCGAUCUGCGAGUGGGCCAGAAGGGUCACGUAGCUCUGGACAACCUGCGGAUGGUGAACUGCUUCCCGGAGGGCACCAAGUCGGAAAAGUGCAGCACUUCCCAGGUGAGGUGCACUACCAACAAGGUCCCCGUUUGCAUUCAUCUGCCCAGAAUUUGCGACAUUACCCGGGACUGUGACGAGGCGGAAGAUGAACAACAAUCUUGCGACAAAAUUCCCUACGGCGGGCGCUGUGACUUCGAGGAGGACUGGUGCGGAUGGCGUGAUUCAGGGAAGACUACUCUGACCUGGUCUCGCCAUACGGGCUCGUCGCCCACCCACGACACUGGCCCUGAUGGGGAUCACACCAUGCAGCACUUGUUAAACAACACCAGCGGCUACUACAUGCUCGUCAAUAUGAACCAGCACCAGAACAACACCGAGAAGAGCUCCAUCAUAGGCUUUGCCAGCAAUGCCAUUAUGGUUAGCAAGACGUUCAAUCCGCCUCCUUCGGUCCAUGGGAAUCCGGACUCCCCGUACAGGAACUCCUGCGUGGUCAGGUUCUUCAUCCACCAGUUUGGUAAGAAUCCGGGCAGCAUUAACCUCUCGGUGGUGGAAAUGAAGGAGAAGGAGAACAUAACCACCACCUUGUGGUGGAGCACCAAGAACCAAGGGAGCGAUUGGCUGCGAGCAGAAUAUGUCCUGCCCAACAUAACGUCCAAAUACUAUCUCCAAUUUGAAGCCCGCAUGGGCAUGAGAAUCUACUCAGAUGUGGCUGUGGACGAUUUCUCACUGAGUCCGGAAUGUUUUGGCCUCAACAUUCCGGAGGACCACUUAAAUGGCUACAAUUACUGGGAUGUGCGGCAGAAUCUGAAGAGCCCAACAUUCAAGGACUUUGAGCAUACCAAUUAUCUUGAGCUAACCAGUUGCGACACGAGGGGCAUGAUAGGACCUACUCAGGCACAGUGCGAGUCAUCCUACAGGGAACAAAAUAAGACGCAUAUCCUGCGGGAAGUCCAUGUGGUUGAGGAUCAAAGCACCUACAAGGGCAUGCAAAAGUGGAAGGUGCCCCACGAGGGUCAUUACACGAUUAUUGCCAAAGGUGCCAGUGGUGGUCUGGGCUCCGGAGGAGUUGGAAGCUCCCGGGGAUCGGUUGUUGUGGCUGUUUUGGAACUCCACAAGCACGAGGAGCUGUACUUCCUCGUGGGCCAGCAGGGCGAGAACGCCUGCAUUAAGUCGAUGGGUCUGAUCAAAGAGCCUGGAUGUGGCACGGAUCACGACCUAGACCUGGGCCAGUAUAGCUUCCGUUCCAAGCAGGACAUGGUGAAGAAAAUCUACAUCGAGAAUGGAGCCGGUGGUGGAGGCGGUGGCUCCUAUGUCUUCCUCCUCAAUCAGGCCAAAAACGAAGCAGUUCCCCUCUUGAUAGCCGGUGGUGGAGGUGGCCUGGGCAUUGGCCAGUACAUCGACGAAGACUUCCAACAUGGCCAAAGAGCCAAACCGAACCAGGCCCCUGAAAGUGGCCAGAUUAAUGGUGAACCUCUGAACAAAAAGACCGCGGGUCCCGGUGGUGGGUGGCGAGCCAAGGAGGAUCAGGCCUUAAGUCCAACGUAUGGAGCUGCCCUGUUGCAGGGCGGUCGCGGCGGUCACUCCUGCUAUGUGGAACUAGCGGACAACGGAACUUCCGUCCACCGCCAUGGCCAGGGAGGAUUCGGAGGCGGCGGUGGAGGCUGCAACACAGGAGGCGGCGGAGGCGGCUAUGCCGGUGGAGAUGUUUUUCUCACGGAAUCCAACGGCGAAGGCGGUAGCUCCUACAUUAGUCCCACUCGCAGUCUCCGGGGGACCGUUGAUAUUCAGGGAGGAGCCAGCAGUGGAGCGGGAGCCAUCAUCAUAAUUCCAGCCAUCGAAGGCUGUGGCUGUGACUACAGGUGCGUGGCCCUGGAUGAGUUUCGCUCGACGGUGCGCUGCAUCUGUCCGGAUGGCUGGAGCCUCAAGAGGGACAACAAUACCGCCUGCGAGAUUCGCGAGGAGGCGGGCAAGUCAUCCUUCCAGUAUCUCGUCGUCACUCUGAUGGUAUCGCUGGCCGUGCUCUUCUUCUGUAUAGCGAUGCUCAUCUUUAUGUUGUAUAACCGCUAUCAACGCAAGAAGCAGUCCAAGAAGCGCCACAAGAUGCUGGUGGAGCAGGAUCUGCAGUUAACUCGCCUGCGGAACAACAUUGACGACUCUAAUCUGAACAACUUUAAUCCCAACUAUGGAUGUGAUGGCAUUCUCAAUGGACACAUUGAUGUCAACAGCUUGCCCCAAGUGGCACGUGACAGCUUGCAGUUAGUGAAUGCCCUGGGCAAAGGAGCCUUUGGUGAGGUUUACAUGGCUCUCUAUCGCCACCGAGACGGCGAUGCUGUCGAAAUGGGCGUGGCAGUGAAAACACUGAGGGAAGAUCCGAAGCGAGAAAAGGAAGAGGACUUCCUUAAGGAGGCGGCCAUAAUGGCCAAGUUCAAUCACCCGAACAUGGUGCACCUCAUCGGAGUCUGUUUCGACCGCCAGCCGUACUACAUAGUCCUGGAACUGCUGGCCGGUGGGGAUCUGCAAAAGUUCCUCCGAGAGAACCGAAAUACACCCGAAAGACCCUCUCUGCUGACCAUGAAGGACCUGCUCUUCUGCGCCCUGGACGUGGCCAAGGGAUGCCGCUACAUGGAGAGCAAGCGAUUCAUCCACCGCGAUAUCGCUGCCAGGAACUGUCUGCUGAGCAGCAAGGGACCCGGUCGGGUGGUCAAGAUCGCCGACUUCGGUAUGUCCCGGGAUAUAUACCGAUCUGAUUACUACCGAAAAGGCGGUAAGGCCAUGCUUCCCAUAAAAUGGAUGCCGCCGGAGGCAUUCCUCGAUGGCAUAUUCACCUCCAAGACGGAUGUGUGGUCCUUCGGCAUUCUGCUGUGGGAAGUGUUCAGCUUGGGUCGCUCCCCGUAUCCCGGCCAGCACAAUACCCAGGUAAUGGAGCUUGUGGUGCGCGGUGGCAGGCUGGGAUCCCCCACCGAGUGUCCCGUGUCCAUUUACAAGGUCAUGGCCGACUGCUGGAAUCCCACGCCCGAAGACCGGCCCACAUUUAUCAGCCUGCUGGAGCACCUGACAGCCUGCACCCAGGAUCCGAGCAUUAUGAAUGCGCCGCUGCCGAACAUCCUGGGACCGACGGCAUCCGAGAGGGAUGACACCGUUAUUCGGCCUCCCAACGGCGAGGAGUUCUGUCUGGCGGUGCCGGACUACCUGGUGCCCCUGCCUCCGGGUGGUGGCAGUGCCCUUGGCACCCCACAGAUGGCUAGUGGCUCCAGCUACGGUGCUGAGUCGCAACGACAGCAGAUGAGCUCCUGCACCCCGCCGGCGAUCACCUCUCCAGCGGCACCCCAUCCGCCGCGGACGCUGGAGAGCGCCAAUCCCGGCAGCGGCGACUGCUGGGAGACGUCCUUUAUUUUGCCAAACUCGAAGAGCGAACAGCCGAAUGGAGCUGCCGGAGGCAGUAGCUGUAGCAAGGAACUCCCCCUGGCCUCCAACGAGGAUGCCAAGCUUAUCAGCCUGGACACACCGCAGGCCACGCCAACCACCAUCCAGCCACCGCUGUCCUUUGCCUCGCAGCUAGACGGCAUCACCCUGGAUCCCUCCACCUUGUCGAAGAGUUUGCCCAACGGAAGUGCCAAGCAGUCCUAUGCAAAUGUCCAGGUGAAGGGCGAGACGGACGCCAAGGUGCCCAACGGGAAUGCCCUUGUGGGCAACGGAUCCGUGAUGAACGGCGACCUGACGACCGGAGCCAGUGGAGCGGAUUCACCUUUUACAAUUCAAGGAUAUGCGGACCGGUACAAGGACAACAACAAUCAUUCCGAAAUCAGUUGUUAAGAAGGCGGGUCAUCGUAGAGCCUACAAUCAGGAAUGCUGAGAAACACCUUGAUUUUGAUGAAAAGAUUUACAAAAUCUUGUAUUCAGGAUUGUGUUGAUAUUCCUGAAGGCAAAAC